AGUUGGCGUAACUGAAACAGAGAAACAAAAAGACUCGGAUCUGAAGAUUAUGCAGUGGCCUAGCUGGGAUCAGCUCUCUCCAAGCAAAUCAGGCCUUUAUCCCGGCAAGAUGCUCCUGAGAAUGUAGGGUAGUAGAGAAGAUGGAGACCAAAUCCUGAAUUUCCCACUGUUACCUUCAGCCUUUAUUCAACUUCUCUGAGCUUGUGUUUGAAUCUGACUAACAUGACAACUCGCUCCUUACUGAGCGUGUUUGAAGAAGACGCCGGCACCCUCACAGACUACACCAACCAGCUGCUGCAGGCCAUGCAGCGCGUCUACGGCGCACAGAAUGAAAUGUGCCUGGCCACCCAACAGCUUUCUAAACAACUACUGGCAUAUGAAAAACAGAAUUUUGCCCUCGGCAAAGGUGAUGAAGAAGUGAUUUCUACACUCCACUAUUUUUCCAAGGUGGUGGAUGAGCUUAAUGUUCUCCACACAGAGCUGGCUAGGCAGUUAGCAGACACCAUGGUUCUACCCGUUAUCCAGUUUCGAGAAAAGGAUCUCACAGAGGUAAGCACGUUAAAGGAUCUUUUUGGGCUUGCCAGCAAUGAGCACGACCUCUCGAUGGCAAAAUACAGCAGGCUGCCUAAGAAAAAGGAGAAUGGGAAGAUGAAGACUGAAGUUGGGAAAGAGGUGGCAGCGGCCCGGCGGAAGCAGCACCUGUCAUCCCUCCAGUACUACUGCGCACUCAACGCGCUUCAGUAUCGGAAGCGGAUGGCGAUGAUGGAGCCCAUGAUAGGCUUCGCCCACGGACAGAUUAACUUUUUCAAGAAAGGAGCAGAGAUAUUCUCCAGAAGUAUGGACGGCUUCUUGUCCUCUGUUGCAGACAUGGUGCAGAGUAUUCAGGUCGAACUGGACGCUGAGGCCGACAAGAUGCGUGUGUCCCAGCAAGAACUACUGUCUGUGGAUGAAUCUGUUUAUACUCCAGACGUGGAUGUGGCUGCGCCCCAAGUCAACAGGAACCUCAUCCAGAAAGCCGGCUACCUUAAUCUCAGAAACAAAACGGGGCUGGUCACCACCACCUGGGAGAGGCUGUACUUCUUCACCCAAGGUGGGAACCUCAUGUGCCAGCCCAGGGGGGCUGUGGCUGGAGGUCUGAUCCAGGAUCUGGACAACUGCUCGGUGAUGGCCGUGGAUUGUGAAGACCGACGCUACUGCUUCCAGAUCACCACUCCUAACGGAAAACCGGGAAUAAUCCUCCAGGCAGAGAGCAGAAAGGAAAAUGAAGAGUGGAUAUGUGCAAUAAACAACAUCUCCAGGCAGAUCUACCUGACAGACAACCCUGAGGCUGUGGCCAUCAAGUUGAAUCAGACGGCUCUUCAGGCGGUGACUCCCAUUACAAGUUUUGGGAAAAAACAAGAAAGCUCCUGCCCCAGUCAGAACCUGAAAAAUUCAGAGACAGAAAAUGACACGCAUAUUCCCAAAGCAGCAGCCAGUAUUCCUGAGACAGAAGAACUGAUUGCACCUGGAACACCUAUCCAGUUUGACAUCGUACUUCCUGCUACAGAAUUCCUUGAUCAAAACAGGGGCAGCAGGCGUACCAACCCCUUUGGUGAAACUGAGGACGUGUCAUUUCCAGAAGCAGAGGACUCCCUUUUGCAACAGAUGUUUAUAGUUCGGUUUCUGGGAUCAAUGGCAGUUAAGACCGACAGCUCUGCUGAAGUGAUUUAUGAAGCGAUGAGACAAGUACUGGCUGCUCGGGCUAUCCACAACAUCUUCCGUACCACCGAAUCCCACCUGAUGGUCACCAGCCAAAGUCUGAGACUGAUAGAUCCUCAGACUCAAGUGUCAAGGGCCAAUUUUGAGCUUACCAGUGUCACACAGUUUGCUGCCCAUCAGGAAAACAAAAGGCUGGUUGGCUUUGUCAUCCGUGUUCCAGACUCAACAGGAGAAGUCUCUCUGAGCACGUACAUUUUUGAAAGCAACUCAGAAGGCGAAAAGAUAUGUUAUGCUAUUAAUCUGGGGAAAGAAAUUAUUGAGGUUCAAAAGGAUCCAGAAGCACUGGCUCAAUUAAUGCUGUCUAUACCACUAACUAAUGACGGAAAGUAUGUACUGCUAGAUGACCAAGCAGACGACAGGGACGGAAGCCCACAUGCAAACAGAGGUGCAGAAUCUGAAGCAUAGCUCACUGGGCCUCUGGGGGACGAGCAUGCGCAAAGGAGAGCUACCUCCUUAAGGGUUUUCAACUUCUCUGAUGUACAGGCACACUGACCUGCUUUCAGAAAGCCAACAUCACUUGUGGAAUGUACCUCUCAGUACCCUGACACAAAGACUGGGGAGGGAAGCAGUAAGGAAUGGGUUACAACGUGCCUGCCCAUCUACAAAUGUAAUUUUAGGUCCUUUGUGGUAAGUCUUUCCUUUAGACUGCAUUGUUCAGUGCUCAGAAUGAAAGCUAUGAAAAAUGCGUUGCUCACUUUAUUUGGAUGUCAUCUUGUCACUUUCUAGUAUCCUUUGUUAAAAAUGGUAAAAGUCUGGAUUUACAAUUUGAUAAAUACUAAAUGUUCCUAUUAAUAUAUUUUUGUAUUUUACUUAGUGAGUUCUUAAGUGCCUGUCAUUCUGAAAAGUAUGUAUUUAAUUCAGUUUGCUUGUAUUUGGACAUCAGCAUUACUACAUGCAGUUAGGUGCUGAGCACUGCUUUGAGAUCCAGGUACUUGUAGAGAUGCAGGUCUAGUGUGAUAACUGUUGUAGACCUUAUGCAAUAAAGACCUGUGGAUGAGUAUCACAAUAGGUCCUUACUGAACUAUAGCCUUCAGAAGUACAAGGUCCUCUUACAAAUGACUGUGUGGUGACUAUUUGCUGUGGACAGGGCACAGCUCCACUAGUUCCUGUUUCUUCUGAGCCAGACCUCCUCAAAGAAGGGACCAGUUAAUUUUAGAACUCACUUGAAGCACCACUUGUCUUGGGGCUUGAUAUGACAUUCCUGUUUCCUGGAGUCCCUGCCCACAUUCCAGUUCUUCUUAAUUAUGGAAUACUUUUUAAAGAUCUCAAAACUGUACAGUGUAUUUAGUUGUAACUAUGUUCAACUAGUACUUUGUAAUAUUAACCUAGCAAUAAAAAUUGCCUUUCUCUUU